GAACUUCAUCCUCCGACUCCAUCCACCUUCGACAUCCAAGAACUCGUCUCCCGGUUCUCAUUUUCAUACCGCCAACAUGGGUCGUCUUCACAGCAAUGGCAAGGGCAUAUCGUCCUCCACCAUCCCCUACUCCCGCACCGCCCCGGCGUGGUUGAAGGCCACCCCCGACCAGGUCGAGGAGCAGAUCUGCAAGCUGGCCAAGAAGGGCGCCACGCCGUCGCAGAUUGGUGUUGUCCUGAGGGAUUCGCAUGGAAUUGCGCAGGUGAAGAUCGUUACUGGUAACAAGAUUCUGAGGAUCUUGAAGUCCAAUGGCCUUGCGCCAGAGAUCCCCGAGGAUCUGUACAUGUUGAUCCGAAAGGCCGUCGCCGUCCGCAAGCAUCUCGAGCGCAACCGCAAGGACCGUGACUCCAAGUUCCGCAUGAUUCUCAUCGAGUCCCGUAUCCACCGUCUCUCCCGUUACUACAAGUCUGUUGGCGUCGUCGCCCCGACCUGGAAGUACGAGAGCGCCACUGCCAGCACCCUCGUCUCAUAAACGUCGAUGGCGGUAGAGGUCGCAAGGGGCCAAGGCCCGGAGCGCUGGACAGGCACACUUCAUGGCCAAUAUGCAUCAUCUGAAUGGCGUCAAGGUCGAUUACUUUGAUGCGUACAGCCGGGAAAUGUAGAAGUGUACCAGGAGGGGAGGAAAAAUAUAGCAUUCUUGCUAUUGCUGUAGCGGACCGGACCACUUGUCGUGGGUCGUAGAUGUCCAAUGCAAAUAUAUCAAACUCAAAAUCAUCCGUACUC